CAGGAGGAAGCGGGAGGUGGAAGGAAGAGGAGGUCCCGCCCCACCUCGCUCUCCUUUACGGGAAGUGAUGUGGGGCCAGACGGAAAAUACCCGCCAACUACCCAAAAUCGGGGGACGCGGCUGCCGGAGACAGAGGCGCACUGGACGGCGGCCGAGCCAGACGAAGAGUAACCUUUUUGAAGAGGACAUGUGAUUGGAAGUUGUCUCAUUGUUGACGUGUUGGGAACUCAACCUCUAAAGUUUAAAAAAAAAAAUUAAACACCCCAUCAAGGUGAACCACUGAGUUCUUCAUUAUGUCUGAUGGAGACUAUGAUUACCUCAUCAAGUUUUUAGCUUUGGGGGACUCUGGAGUGGGGAAGACCAGUGUCCUUUACCAGUACACAGAUGGUAAAUUUAACUCCAAGUUUAUCACAACAGUGGGCAUUGAUUUCAGGGAAAAAAGAGUGGUGUACAGAGCCAAUGGGCCGGAUGGAGCUGUUGGCAGAGGUCAGAGAAUUCACCUGCAGCUGUGGGACACGGCAGGGCAGGAGAGGUUCCGUAGCUUGACAACAGCCUUCUUCAGAGAUGCUAUGGGAUUCCUGCUGCUGUUUGAUCUGACGAACGAGGAAAGUUUCCUCAAUGUCAGAAACUGGAUAAGCCAGCUGCAAAUGCAUGCAUAUUGUGAAAACCCAGACAUAGUGUUGUGUGGAAAUAAGAGUGAUUUGGAAGAGCAGAGGGUAGUCAAAGAAGAGGCAGCCAAAGAACUUGCAGAGAAAUAUGGAAUUCCCUACUUUGAAACCAGCGCUGCCAAUGGGACAAACAUAAGUCAGGCGAUCGAGAUGCUCCUGGACCUGAUAAUGAAGCGUAUGGAACGGUGUGUGGACAAGUCCUGGAUUCCUGAAGGAGUGGUGCGAUCCAACGGCCAUGCCUCCACAGACCAGCUAAGUGAGGAGAAGGAGAAGGGGACCUGUGGCUGCUGAAAAGGCAAGCCAGCCACACAGUAAUUCCAGCGGCCUGUCUGUGGUCUCCUCUGCGGCUGAUACACAGCGCAGUGAGGGAUCCAUGGCACUGGGGGAACUGCUUCUCACCACCCCAGUUAGACCUGUCAGUCAAGCAUCCAGUUCAAAAAUUAAUUUUCUGGAGCUUUGUAAAUAUUUCUUUUAAGAUUCCGCCUGAGAGUUAGGAGCAAGAUUUCAGAGAGCCAAGAGUGCCUUAAUAAAACUUUAGCCCAUGGCAGUUGAUGAUUCAUGGAUUUUACAGCCGCAGAAGAGUCCAUUUAUUACAUAGGAUGGCUGAGGGCACUGUCACCUGCUGUCCUUCAGCUAGGCCUGGAGUCCCACAUUCAAGAUCUUAGAUGCAAAUUUAAACUAUCCAAAUUAAAGAGUACCUUUGGUACUCUGCGUGUACCAGAGGUGAACUUCUAAAAUGUUGUCUAACCCACUUGAAUAUUAAACAAGAAUAUACACACAUAUCAGUUCAGUGCCUUUGAAUAGUAUUAGUUUCAUGUAAGCAUCCCCUUUAGCAUGAACAUGGAUCUACAGACCCUGGGUAAGCAGAAUUGACCAAUGGUACACUCAUUGUGACUUUUCUAUUUUGUGGGAGAGGGAUUGAGGAGCCUGGGGCAGGGGUGGUUUAAUGUAGUGUGAGCAACUGAAGUGGGGCUGCUCGUUCCCUACUGUAUUCCCAUUGCUCUGAAGGGUUGAAUGAAGGAAGGGUCAGGGAACUAGAUUUUAUGGCUUCAGUUCACUGUGAUCUGUGCGUUUAUACUCGGCCUAUGUGCUGGCCACGUAUGAGUACAGCUGGUGUUUGUGCCAAAGUUCUUUGUGACAAGCAAACAUUUAGCUGCUUUUUCUUCAUGUUUAUAAUGUGGGUCCAGCGUCCUCAGACUGCAGUUUCCAUUAGCUUGUAAACAACCAAUCUUCUUUCUUCACCAACAGGCUCUGUAUUGAUAUCUGCAAUUUGUUUUAUUUUUACAUGGGUGGUACUGAAGGAAUUACUUUUCAAUUACAUUAAAUGUCUGUUUGCUAUCUGGUAGAAGAUGGAUGUUUGUGUUUAAGCAGUCACAUUUGUCCUCUGGUUCAGUGUAAGAAAAAUUAAGUGUUUUAUAGCCUGUAUUUUCCAUUGAGAUCACAAAUGUUUACUUGCUGGGUCUUGCCAAAGCCAUGUAAUUCUGCUGCAUUGCCAAAGUGUCUUCACACCAAAUCGAAGGUGGUUUUAAAACAUGCUUUAUGGCAGUUGUUUAUAAAGUUCAAAGAUAUUUCAUUUAGGGGAAGAUUCUUACUUAUUACAUUGGUUUAAAUAAAGUAGAUUAAUAUUUCCAGAGAGCCUAAUGGCUAUUUUGCAAGAAACACCACUAAUAAUUUAAAUAGAGAAUCAAAAUCAAUGUUUUUGUGGCAGUAAAUGUUUGGUAGAACUGUAAUUAGAAAAAUAUAAGUUUGAUAGAAAAUAAUUACUUCUAUACAAUAGCUUCAAAAUGGCUUUUAUUGAGCACCUAUCUUGCUUCUUACCACUGCCCCUCCCACCACCCCCAUAACAGACUUAGCCGUGGUUACUAAGAUUUUUCAUAUUUCUGUCUUUGAAAUGGGGGCUUAUUUUAUAUACUAAAGAACUCAUUGGGUCCUAUGCAUUUGAAUUGUAUGUUCUAAUGAAGAAAGGAUUCAGAUUCAAGAUUAAAGUCAUAACCACACAGGAGUGCCUUCUAAGAUUGCCAUAAGACUUCAGAGGAAUGAAUCAUAAUUUUACAGAUAGAUAUCAGAGUAUAUUUUAUAUGGUAGUUAAAAAUAAGACAAUAUCUGCAUGUUUUCAUUUUUAAGAACCAAAUGAAUAAUUAGCUACAGAUCACAUUGGCCUUAAACAUACACAGUUAAACGUGUACAUGAUAUACCGCACACACAAGCACCACCUUUAAUUAUUGAAAUAACCUGUACUCUCUUUGGAACUCAUUUUCUUAAAUUUGAUAUUGAAGUUCAAUAUAUUUUGUGUAUCAAUGUAUUUUUUCUAUUCACAAGGCUGUGUAAAAGUGAAAUGUAUCUUCAGGGGUCCUUGUGCCAAUUAAGCUUAUAAUAAAAAGCUGUCUAGUCAA